AUGGACAGGAAGGAUAAGACAACGAAGGUGAAGAAAACCUUUCAAUUCGAUCCAUUGGAUGUAACAGAAUCCCUUGGUUACAAAACAUACCGGAAAAAUGGGCGAAAUUCGUGGUCUAAAGAAGAUGAUAACCAGUUGCGUACACUUUUGAAUCGUGCCUUAAUAGACCUUGGAUUUCCUAAUGGUACAGAUGAUAUCAAGUCCAUACAGGAAUCCGAAAGCGUUUGCAAAAGAGUUUCUUGGGAAGAUAUUGCCGCGUUGUUUAAGAAUAGUCCAAGGAAGCCUAAAGAGUUGCGGAAACGUUGGGCGUCGUCGUUGGAUCCGAAUUUGAAGAGAGGCAAAUGGGCCCCUGAAGAGGACCAUUUGCUUCUCAAGGCUUAUGCUAAGCACGGGCCUCAUUGGCUUAACGUUGCGGGUGAAAUCUCCGGAAGAACUGAGGAUCAGUGCGCCAAGAGGUACGUGGAAAUUUUAGGGCCCAGUAGCGAAGGACGAUUGAGGAAGUGGACUUUAGAGGAAGAUUUGAGCUUGGUAAGCAAAGUCAAGAGUUAUGGGACCAAAUGGAGGCGCAUAUCGUCGGAGCUUGAAUCAAGACCAAGUUUGACGUGUAGAAACAGGUGGAGGAAAAUUGUUACCUCGGUAGUUAGAGGUCAGGCGCCACCGGAGAUCGUCAAAGCUGUGAAGGAAAAUCAGGAUAUAGAUUCUUUGGUUAAUAGUCUCCGAGCCAAAGUACGGGAAAAAGGGAAGGCUAAGGAUGGAGUGGUGAAGACUGAAGAGCGGACUGACGUGAGAGAAGAAGGUGAGGCAAGCGAGUCACCAAAUAUGACCAAAUCCAGCGACAGCAGCUCUAACGACCUUCCGCAAACACUUCGAGCACACACCAUUCAUCAGCAUCAAGGCAAUGAGGAGGAGCACAACCCCUCUAAAGCAAAGGACAGAGAAACACUCGCUCAACCGCUGGCUACAGAUAUAAUACGAGCUACGUGCGGUGACAGUGGAGUAAAAGUCGACGCAGCAGCUGCCCUAGGACACCAUGAGUUGAUGUACCGCGGCCACUCAUCGAGCAAUGAGAACUUUUCCAGGGAUAGCGCGGCCUCUUACGAGGCAAUAUCUAAAAGCUCACUGGAGGGGAAACAAACUACGGCUCCACUCAAGGGGUUGACUCCAUUCGCCGAAAGGAUGAGUAGCUUAUCUCACAUGGAUCGCAGCGCCAUCCCUGCCACUCUGGAUGGAUCUCCAUUACUUCCGAACGUUUACUCAAGGGAGUCUGCAAUUAGGGUAAACCAUAACGUCCCAAUAGGGCAGCAAAUGCCAGAUGCUACUUUUAAUCCCUUGUCUAGCACACCACAUGACAUAAAUAAAAGUCCCACGGAAGGUUCCGCACAAACAGAAUGGAAGUUUACUUUGAAAGACGGCCAAGGUCUAUCCAUAACAAGCGGUUCAAUCAGCAAUUCAGAUCUUGUAAAAGAACUUAUUGAGCAGGCUAAAAAACACUCCCUAAAAAUCUCUCUUCACCAGCAUAUUCACCAUCAUUAUGGCGGUCAAACCGAUCAAAAUUGCAUCAAUUCAAAUGGUUCAGAGCCUAUCGCUGACUUCCGGUCAAACCAAGCUAGCUCUUCGGCAGCCGCUGUUGGACCGCCUAGUGGUGGCCACGAUUUCUUCACUAGCACUCAUUACUAUAAAGCGUCAUUUGGCUCAGUUGGUAAUAACAGUGAUUUCUUUUCGCAAGAGGCGAAUUACAACAUAUUCGAACUCGAGCCCUCUCCACAUCCUGACGUAUCGCAUAUGCAUGGACACGCUGCACUUCCGCACAAUAAUCAAAUAGUGCACCACAAUCACUCGCCCGUCGGGUACCCAAGUAGGCCAGGUACGACGAGUCCAACAGCAUCCCACAGCACAGGAAACAAUGACGAUCUUCCUGACAUUACAAGCCACCGUGGGUCACAUUUUAACUAUCUCCCUGCGACGGUACGACCCCAGCUUGAGUCUUCAGAUUCUACACGGUCAACUGAUAUAACUAGGCUACUGAAUCCCAGUCCUAACUCAGGAAAGAAAAAGAGGAAAAGAAGAAAGAGUCUUCAGUCGGAGGCGAGUGCUAAUUCAGGUGGCAGAAACUCUGUAAGACCAUCUCCUUCGAGUACUGCAUCAAAGCAAAACAAGUCACUGGAUUCAGCAACCGUGAUUGGCGGGCCACAUGAGGAAGAAGAACCUGAUUUCUGGGAGAGCUUGAGAUCUCUUGCUGGCAAACCACAGGAGGAAGAAGAGAAUUCGUAUACAUAUCAUCCGUAUGACGAUGAUGAUUAUGACAUUCUAUACAGCCUAUUCGACGAUAAGGCCGAGAACAUCAAUCUCGAUACAGUGGAGAAGAAAACCCCUGGAGAUAAGGAUCAUAUCAUACCAUUCAAUCCCAGCUGA